UGCUAUUAAAUACAGUAAAUGUUGUCUUUUCUACAAGUCAAUACAGAAAUAAAUGAUUCAAUUUUUUUUUAUAUAUAUUCCACAAAUUUAUUAUCUAUACUUAUGUUUUUAUGUGAGUUUUGAGCAUCCAGAAACUCACAACUCUUUUUACUUAACUGAGAUGGAAACUUUGACUGCUCUCCGAGUUGCAUCUCUGUUGUUCAUGUGAUAGGUUGUUUUGUCUAUGUGUGUGUGAGCCAUGUGUGUGUGUGUUGUAUCUGUGCAUAGCGGAGUGUGUGAGCGAGCGUUUGGAUCCCUCCUCCCUGGUGCUCCGCCGGCCCCUCUGUCGCUUUAAGUCCUGCCCCUCGGAGCCAGCCAACAGCAGCUGUUCCAUAUUCAUCAAGCCCUUGAGUCUUAAAGAGCCCUAUCCCGACCAUGGAAAGAGUCAUUCCUCUCGCUCGCGCUCUCAUGCUCUCUCCAUCUUAGCGCUCAUCCCGCUGCUGCCUGCGCUUCUCUCUCUGUCUCACCCCCCUUUACCUCUCCGUCUAUCUGUCCCUCCCCCCUUCACUCUCUCUCCCUCUCUUCCUCUUCCUCUCUCUCUGACAUACACACACACACUUUCACUUACAUACACUCAGACACACACUCUCUCUCCCCCACACAUAUAUACAUAAACACACACAUACACAACACACAUGCUCACGCACACACACGCGAGUCCAACAUACCUGUGCAGGCUGGGGGGAGCGGUGCUGGAGGGGGCUUUCGGCAGCGUUGUCUCUGAGGGUGCUGUGCCAUCAUUUGGGGAAGAAGCGGGUCUCAAUUGUUUUCUCUUUCCUCUUCCUCUCAUUCCUGGAAUGCUAAAACUGGACUGAUGGACAUUUCAGAACUUUGUCUUCCAGACCCUCUCAGCUAUCAUAACCAGGCUUUGUUGUCCAAUUCAUUAGAGAGAUUCCUGAGUCCACUGGCCACGCUGGAGCCCUCUCAUUUCUGGCUGCUGAAUAGAAUGGCCGCUGAUGACCGGCACCUACCCUCCAGUUGUGGGUCCUACAUCAAGACAGAGCCGUCCAGUCCCUCCUCGGUCAUUGACACGGUCAGCCACCACAGCCCCAGCGGCAACUCAGACGCCAGUGGUGGCUAUGUCAGCGCCAUGAACAGCCACUCAAACGGCCUGGACUCUCCUCCUAUGUUCACCCCCAGCGGGCUCGGGGCCGGCACCUGCCGCAAGCGCUAUGACGACUGCUCCAGCACCAUCAUGGAAGACUCGUCCAUAAAGUGCGAAUACAUGUUGAACUCCCUCCCCAAGAGGCUGUGCCUGGUCUGUGGAGAUAUAGCCUCGGGGUAUCACUAUGGGGUGGCCUCAUGUGAGGCCUGCAAAGCCUUUUUUAAAAGGACAAUACAAGGUAACAUAGAAUACAGCUGUCCUGCCACAAAUGAGUGUGAGAUCACAAAACGAAGACGCAAAUCAUGUCAGGCUUGUCGCUUCAUGAAAUGCCUCAAAGUGGGGAUGCUCAAAGAAGGGGUUCGUCUGGACCGCGUGCGAGGGGGCCGACAGAAGUACAAGCGGAGGUUGGACACGGAAAACAAUCCGUACCUGGGCUUGACGCUCCCCCCUCCCACCAAAAAGCCUCUCACAAAGAUAGUGUCUCACCUGUUGGUAGCCGAGCCAGAGAAGAUCUAUGCCAUGCCUGACCCCACCAUGCCGGAGAGCGACAUCAAGGCUCUGACCACGCUGUGCGACCUGGCUGACCGCGAGCUGGUGGUCAUCAUCGGCUGGGCCAAGCACAUCCCAGGCUUCUCCUCUCUCUCUCUGGGAGACCAGAUGAGUUUACUGCAGAGUGCCUGGAUGGAGAUCCUCAUCCUCAGCAUCGUGUUCCGCUCGCUGCCAUACGAGGACGAGCUGGUGUACGCCGAGGACUACAUUAUGGACGAGGAGCACUCACGGCUGACGGGCCUGCUCGACCUCUACGUCUCCAUCCUGCAGCUGGUCCGCAAAUACAAGAAGCUCAAAGUGGAGAAGGAGGAGUUUGUCACCCUCAAGGCCAUCGCUCUCGCCAACUCAGACUCCAUGCACAUAGAGGACAUGGAGGCAGUCCAGAAGCUUCAGGACGCUCUCCACGAGGCCCUGCAGGACUACGAGAGCAGCCAGCACCAGGAGGACCCGCGGCGGGCGGGCAAGCUGCUCAUGACCCUGCCUCUGCUUCGGCAGACGGCCACCAAGGCUGUGCAGCACUUUUACAGCAUCAAAGUGCAGGGAAAGGUGCCCAUGCACAAACUCUUCCUAGAGAUGCUGGAGGCCAAGGUCUGAUCGGAGGGCGGCAGACUGGCCAAGGCGACGGCAAAGGUGGAGGGCUGCAUUAGCGAUACAGAAAGUGACUUGAACCAAGGCUGAGGGUACUCAGGAGAAGGAGACCCCCACUGACUGUGCUAGGCAGGAGAGAGACUGACCUCUCUCACUCCUCCUCCUGGAACCCUGGGACAAGAAAAAAAUGCAAAACUUGGUUAUUAGUAUAAAUAUAAAAAUGAUGCAGAUUAAUUUAAAAUAUAUAAGAAAUACUAUGUACAGUAAUAAUUUUUUUGGUUUUUGUUAAUUGUCAGUGGUCAUGCUGUAUAUGAAGACGGACCCCUCAGCAUCUUCAGAAUAAGUAGUUGCCAGUUCUUGAUAACAAGAUAAAGAGGUUGUUUUUUUUUUUCAGAGAACUAAAAGUUCCUUAAAUUUGUUCUGAAGGCAGCCGAGGUGUCAACAACCAUAAACAGACUCACUUGUCUUGCAUUUGUGUUUUCUUUUUUUUUACCUGGACUUGACCAGGACAUGUAUAUAUUUAUUAAUGGAAGACUGAGUGUACAGUUCAAAGUCUGGUGAACUUGGUGGCCAUUUUCUCUUGUUCUCCUCCUGGGAAAAAAAAAUGAACUAAAAUUGUUACCUAAAUGUGAACUCUUAUCAGUUUAAAUGUCCUUGGAUAUACCUCUCCAGAGCAGUAAGCCGUGUGAUCUUUGUGGAUCCGUCUCAGACUGGAAGACUGGCUGGUCCCAUGUUUAACCAAACUAGCAUAGACAGGUACAAGUAGUCAGUCGUCUUACUCUGUAGUAACUCAGCAAUAAAGGGAGCUGUGGGGAAGCCAGGCUUAACCUCCUAUCGUUCAUGUGCUUUUCAAUGCUGCUGUUGCUAGAAGACCAUGCCUGUGUAUCUCAGUCCCACCAGCGGGACACACCACUGCACCGCUGUUGCACACUCGCGUCUCUCCUUUCCUCGUAGUGGUUUGUGUCGGUGCUGCUCAUGUAACCCAUUGAACCCCAAAUUUGGUCAUUGUUUAAGCCCGUGGAAAUUGCCACUUGGCAUGCAAAUAGAUGACCUGAUUCGGGCUAGGUGAAAGAUGAUCAGCGUGUUUGGUGUGGCAGUAUCAAAGGAUUUAUGCCGAGUGGCAGAAGUCCAGGAGAUUCCUUGUUCAAACAAUCAGAGGCCCAUAUGUCAACCACUCUAUUUCAGGCCCCUUUAAGCCUGUGGCAGAGUCAUCCCACACACAGGGAGCAAGGUGCCCAGCAUCUGCUCUCACCAUUUUAGACACCUCUCGUCUUUUAAUAGCCGUGCCUGCAUUUAUAGAGCUUCAACCAAACAGAGGUAAAUGGCAGGUGCAGAGCGGGAGUGGUGGCACUUCACACUGGGUUUAUUUUUAACCCAGCAGGAGGUUGUUGUCUGCGCGGCCUCCCUCCAGGAGUACAGUAGACACGUGGAACACUUCUUCUUGACCUCAUGUUGACACAGUGGCCAGUGCAGAGUAACACCCUUCCCACCGGCCAGGAGGCAGGCAGGCGUCUGCGAGGAGACCUCGGGAUGCCCACGCGUGCACAUGUGAAUAGCUAUGCAAGAAACAAAGUGUCACCAUGCUCCUAAGGGUAACAGCAGCCCAACAGCGUGUCAGUACAAGGUGUGAUCCGUGGUGGGAGAGAGAGGCCUUGAGCUCCCUUCUCCCUGUGUUUAGCUCCAUGUCCAUUAACGCUGGGUGUGAGUAAUACUGUAGUCCAGUCCAGCCGAGCCAUGCCGCUCCUCUCCAUGUGAGAGAGAACGUGUUGGAGGUGAAUGCUUAUACUACUGAAGGAUUUUAUGUGAUGUGAUAAAUUGUGGCGCUGUCACAAUAAUAUGAUACUGUGAUCAAAGGAAUCCCUGACAUUGCAGUAGGGUAGAGUUGCCGCCAUGCUUGCGAUAUCAGUGGCUAGCACUGAUCCAGCGGCCGGCAUGCCUUUUAUACAGCAGCGUGAUUGGCCACGUGAUGGAGGACGACUACCCUACUCCAGCACCCAAUCACCCCAACUUGAACUAGCCGCUGUCCAGUAAACAAGCUCCACUCUAGAGGGUGACAAUAUAACUUGAGUUAUUUAACUGUUGUGCAAUGCAACAGGGACCAAUUCUGACUGGAACCAUGCUAAACAAAGCAUGCUUUUACUUAGAUUUGGGAGAAUUUGUAUGCUACUAAGUGACAUAUUCUAAAUCCCUCUAAUCAGAAACAUGUAUCCUGUAUAGCAGAAGAACUAUAUUUGAUUUGCUCCACUGAUAAAAGACUUUUGUUUCAAUAAAAGUGCAGUAUAAAUGAAAACUUUUGCAUAAAAUCUUUACAACUAGAAUUUUGUAGUGGCCCAAGAUGAUCAGCCAUAAGAAUCAUAAUAACGGGAGUCCUCUCAUCUCCCUGUUUUUCUUUUUACCUUGCAAUAUGGCACUGUGUUAAGUAAAAGAAAACAUGUCUUACAUUACAAGCUGUGUCUAAGUAUGUAAAUAUAUCAGCGUCAAUACAGUAGGUUGCCGAAAUACCAUUGAAAAUAAAGUAUGCAGCGCCCUGCUGACUACUACCUCAUUAUCAUAUUGUCAAUAUUUCUCUGAUUCAACACGUUCUGCUCUUUAUCAUCCUCACAUCUGUGACAAACUGAGCCAUCCAUGUUUUUAUCAAGAAUCAUUUCUCUCCCUCAGUGCUCCUGCCAAAAUAUUUGUAAUUGUAGUUACUGAUCUUCUCUUCCCGCUCAUUCUUCAUAGAUCUGUUGUAAAGGUAAAGCAUGCUUCACGUUGACCACAUGACUUGGCCAUCAGUGGGUGUGACCCCCAUUUUGGUUACUAAGCGGGUAUGUGUUUUUAUGAACAUCAGUGUGUCAGAAUUGGUCCCUUGAUGAUAAAUUGCAGACAGAGGCAGGUUACUGAUUUCCUGCUUCUGUGCUAUGAGUAUUUAUGGUGUGAAAUAUAUCAUUUGGCAAUGGUGUACAUUGAUAUCUCUGAUCAUUGAAUCACCAAUAUCUGUGUAACUUUUACGUUUUGAUUUUCAAAAAGGUAAAGGAUCAAUGAAUUAAA